AUGAACAGCCAUCCGCUACCCCGCCGGGUCGCCAACGUGGGCUCUCUUCUGCUGACCCCGCAGGAGAACGACUGUCUGUUUGGAUACCUGGGGAGGAAAUGUGCGACUUUGUGUUCUGCGGUGGUUCAGGUCUAUGCCGCUGACCGAACGUGCGGCUGGCUGAAGAAAUGCUGCGGAGUGGCGUGCCUAGUCAAAGACAACCCGCAGAGGUCCUACUUCAUACGUGUCUUUGACGUCAAGGAGGGGAAGACCAUGUUUGAGCAGGAGCUCUACCACAACUUUUCCAUCAGUUGCGCCAGAUCCUACUUCAUCUCCUUUGUGGGGGACACCAACCAGAUCGGUUUGAACUUUGCCAGCGAGGAAGAAGCCAAACGCUUCCGAGUGUGCGUCAAUGAGUUGCUCAGCCGCAGACAACGCAAGACCGGCAAGUAUUCCCAUGCCACAUUGGGUCCUACGCUGCACAUGGCUACGGUGGACAUCAAGAACCCAGAGAUCAACAACGUGCGUCUGAUCAACUCCGUUGGCUCGCAGUACCAUGUCAACAACAUGCUGAGUCACAGAAAGGACAAAAAGAACAAAGUCAAGAAGAAAAAGCUGACCAAGGCAGACAUCGGCACACCUAGCAAUUUCCAGCACAUCGGUCACGUGGGCUGGGAUCCAAACACGGGUUUUGAUCUUAACAACUUGGACCCAGAGCUGAAGAACUUAUUCGACAUGUGCGGAAUCUCAGAGGCGCAACUGAAGGACAGAGAAACCUCCAAGGUCAUCUACGACUUCAUUGAGAAGAAAGGAGGAGUUGAAGCCGUCAAGAACGAGCUCAGGAGGCAAGCGCCCCCUCCGCCUCCCUCACGGGGUGGCCCCCCUCCUCCACCACCUCCUCAUAGCUCCACCCCACCUCCUCCACCCGCACACAGCUCCACUCCGCCUCCCCCUCCUCCCCCGUCCAGAGGAGGCCGUGGGGCUCCCCCUCCUCCCCCGCCUCCAUCCCGCGCCCCAUCCUCGGCCCCCCCGCCCCCACCGCCUACCAGACCGGGAACAUUGGGUGCGCCGCCUCCUCCUCCCACCAGGGGAGGCCCCCACCAUCCUCACCACCCUCAGCCUGCACCUGCCUUGCCUGCAUCAAUCUCUUCCCCACAAGCGCCGCCCCCUCCUCCUCCCCCGCCGGCCCACCAGUCCCCAGUGAAUCGAGCCGCCGCCGCCGCCCCGCCCACUCCUCCUCCACCACCUCCUCCGCCGGGACCCCCUCCUCCGCCGGAGCCAGACGGCAUGCGGGGCGAUGUGCCUCGCUCGCCACUCCCCGCUGGGAAGUCGGCGCUUCUUGAGCAGAUCCGGGGCGGUGCCCAGCUGAAGAAGGUGGAGCAAAACCACAGAGAACCACCACCCAGCAGUAGCACCGGGCGGGAAGCGCUGCUGGACCAGAUUCGCCAAGGCAUCCAACUUAAAACGGUAUCAGAUCACCAGGAAUCCAGUCCCCUUACGCCAGCACCCACAGUAGGCAUUGUGGGUGCCCUCAUGGAAGUCAUGCAGAAGAGGAGCAAAGCCAUCCACUCUUCAGACGACGAGGAUGACGAUGACGAGGAAGAAGACUUUGAAGACGACGAUGAGUGGGAUGACUGA